UUUGCUGCGAAGGCUAGAUGGCUGAAAGAGCUGAAGUUUGUGUUUUCACUCUGCUUCUUGUAGUGCUACUACAAAGCCAGACUGUUCACUCUAGACAAAGCUACAACUACGAUCUCGCACAGGAGCGACGCAGUUGCAUUCCAGAGUGUCGACGACCGUGUCAAAAUGGUGGCACGUGCUACGCUCCGCACACUUGCUCAUGCCCGAGAGGAUUUACUGGCACGGCUUGUACUAUUCAAUGUGGAGGUCAAAUCAGUAAUACACAAGGGAUUGUGGAGUUCCCUCGCAUAUCAAGAUACGAGAACAUCCAUUGCAACUGGAGCAUUGUUGCACCGCCAGGAUAUAAAGUAGCUUUAGAAAUAGAAAAAUUUCAGCCAUUUACGAGUUCUCCUUCUCAAUGCAACUUCGCCAACUUAACGUUUUGGGAUCGUCACUUAGACAACGGCUAUGCAGCUUUUUGCGAUCCUCAAAGUGACAGCCGUACACGUCCGAAAAAGAUUAUUUCGUUGUAUAGAACUUUUAAUUUUACAUACUUUCGAACAGCAAAUCGUUACGGAGGACAGGGAUUUCGUAUCAACUAUCAUACAUUUGAAGACAAGUGUGCAACGGAAUGCAAAUCUCUACCUUGGUACCGCCAUUGUUGUCACGGGUACACGAUUGCAACGUCAGGAGUGCUGCGUCAAGGGUCUGCUGCGAGAGUGAAUGUAAUGUUAAAUUCAAUGCCAAAUGAAACCGUUCAAGUUAGAGCUCAGCUGUUCGACCCAACCAACUUGCAAUUGAUAUGUGAAGCUGAUCGUACUGUUGAUACAGGACUUAAUGAGUCGACGAAUGUUGAUGAAGUUUGGAUGUUGCUGGAAAUUCCGUCUAAGGUUCUACCUUCUCAGUACCGACUCAAUGUCUCCGCUGUUUCUGGCGGCAAAACUUUCUUUAGUGAAAGUGCUAUUGUGGGUGUGGCGCCAAAGGGUCCAACGAUAAUAAUUCAAACUGAUAAGCCGGUUUACAAGCCUGGACAAACAGUUCGAAUGAGAAUUGUUACCCUCGAUUUCGAAAUGAAACCUUACAAAGGAAACGUAACAAUAGAGAUAUCGGAUGGUCAUGGCACUAAAGUUCAACAAUGGAUAGAUCAAUCGCCGCUCACAGGAAUUGUUCCUUUAUCGUUUCACUUGUCCGACGAGCCAGUUGCUGGAGUUUGGAACAUUUCGGUGUACGCUUUAUAUCCACCAGCAGUGGAGAAAUCUAAAGUUCAAACUUCAUGUUUUCAAGUCAAAGAAUACGUACUACCAAAAUUCGAAGUAACAGUUAUCGUUCCACCUUACAUUGUAACUACAUACAAGACAGCUCCCGUAACGGUUGUAGCAAAAUACACUUAUGGAAAACCGGUAAAAGGCGUGGCUUGUUUAACUGCAAAAUCUGUAUACGACCAUCGUUAUCUACCUCGAACACGUGCAUCACAAACAUGCAAAAAGAUCGAUGGAAUAACCGACUUCAACAUGUUAUUUGGAUCAAACUUUUAUGUAUCUAGUAGUUACUAUAAGCGAUACUUGUCACACGUCGAGUUCAAUGUAACAGUAAUAGAAAAAGGAACACAGACAGCAAUCAACGCAACAGAGGCGGUAGUUACAUCCGAAUAUGAUUAUGUUGUCAGCUUCCUACCAGGAUCACCCAGAAUGUUUAAACCAGGAUUGCCUUUCACCAUCAAGGUCAAUGUAAUGACUCCUGAUUUGGUGCCGUUUUUCAAUCAGACAAACGUCACCAUUGACUUAUUUGUAUCGCAAUAUCCAUCAAACAGAAAAAUUCAUUCUACUGUUGUUGAGGCUAUGAACGGUACGGCAGAAUUUGAAGUGUUUUUGGAAAGAAAUCAUUUUAGUAACGACAUCAUUGCAAACGCGAUUGUGGAUUCCGCUAAUACAGCCACUCACACAAUUGAAGUAAAUGGAUUUAUUGGUAAACCCCAGAUCACCACCAGAUCAGAAGAAGAAUUAUUAUUUCCUGGUAGCAAUGAGUUGACAUUCUACACAACUGAAGCGGUCGAAACAAAUUUGUAUUUGCUGGCAUCCUCAAAAGGAGCACUUCUGCGUUCUUGGACUGAAACCAUAAAAACGAAACAGUCUGGAAAGUAUCCGGGACUAUACGAAUUUGGUAUUUCUAUUGAUGUCGGCUGCGCAAUGACUCCUCAGUUUCAUCUCGUUUCCUACUAUAUCGGAGAGAAAAACACCGCAAUUGCCGAUGUCAUCACAUUGAGAGUGCAGCCCUGUUUUCAACACAAGGUCAACGUGACGUUUAGCUUUAAUGAGACAAAGCCCGGAAAACACAUACAGAUGUCGAUAACAACAGAUCCUGGUUCAAUGGUCAGUUUAUCAGCAGUAGACAAAAGCGUAUAUCUGGUGCCUUCCUCUUGUGCAAAUCAAAUGACUGCUGAAAAUGUAUUAGCUGAAAUGUUAAAAUACGACGUUCAGUCUAGCAUUUCCGACGACGAAGAAACGGGUCUGUAUAGUUUAAGCGACCCAGUAACCGGUGGUUUGAGAGACUGGUGGAGAUCGUGGUGGCCGAACACUGAAUAUCCUCAAUCAUUUCGAUCUGCAGGUAUAGCAGUCAUGAGCAGUUACCACUUUGGAGGGAAGAAAGAUUAUCGCUUCAAACGUCAAGUUGGUUCGGGUGACGGCGGAGAAGAUGAAGAAGGUGGUCUAGCUGGCAUUGGCAGAGUAAGAACUUUCUUUCCCGAAACGUGGCUGUGGGAAGAUCACAUCACAGAUGCCAACGGCCAUGUGGUGUUGAACUUGACAGUUCCUGAUACUGUCACUACGUGGGUGGCCGACGCGUUCGCUAUCUCAGAAUCUUCAGCAUUUGGAAUAGCCGAGAUGCCUGCAACUGUCUUAGCGUUUCAACCAUUUUUUGUGUCGCUCAGUCUUCCAUAUUCGGUCAUUCGAGGAGAAGAGAUGACUGUGAUCGCUACAGUCUUUAAUUAUUAUCACGAAAAUCUUACAGUGUUGGUGGUACUUGAAAAGCAAUUAUCAGAAUUUAGAUUUUCCGACGGAGACGGCAGUAAGAGAAAUACGACUAUCUUAGUUCAGUCAAAAGACAGCGCUACAGUUCGUUUCCAUAUCGUACCGUUACAAUUGGGAUACAUUCCGCUCAAAGUAUCAGCCUAUUCCUCGUUAGAAUCCGAUGCAGUGUUGAGGACUCUUUUAGUAGAACCGGAAGGAGUUGAAAAACGUGAUUCUCAAAGUGCUUUUGUUUCUUCAUCAACUAAUUUAGAAUUCCCUCUGGAAUUACCGAAUUAUGUCGUAAAUGGUUCCGCUAGAGUCGUCUUGUCUGUGACAGGUGAUGUCAUGGGUCCCGCCAUAAGCUGCCUUGGUUCCCUUUUAAGAAUGCCAUAUGGAUGUGGAGAACAGAACAUGAUCAACUUUGCUCCAGCCGUCUAUAUCAGAAAGUAUCUCGUAGAAACCGAUAGCCUUACACCAGCGACGGACCAAAAGACAAGAAAAAUAAUGAGUACAGGUUAUCAAAGAGAAUUGACGUACCAAAGAAGAGACGGCUCGUACGCUGCUUUCGGAGAUCGCAGUAUAAAAGGAAGCUUGUGUCUGACAGCUCUCGUUAUGCGCGUUUAUGCUCAAGCGUUACCUGACAUGUACAUCGACGUCGAAUCGAUGAGCCGAUCGCUUUGUUGGUUGAUAAAUCAGCAAAGAGAGGACGGAUCUCUAGGAGUGAAGGUCGACGUUGGAACUGGAGGAUUGUAUUGUGUAUCGGGUGGCUCAGAAUUCGUUCAAUUAGAAUUAACGGCAUACAACAUAAUGGCACUUCUAGAAGUGAAACGCAAAUUGAAAAACAAGGAAUUGCAAUGCAAUGAUGGGAACGUUUUUAUCGACGACGUCGCUAGAAAGAGCAUAUCGUUUCUUCUAGAAAACAUUGACAACGUAGUUAACCCGUAUUCUAAGGCGAUGGUAGCGUACGCGCUGGCCAUGGCAAAGCAGAAAGAGUCUGAUACACUCAUCGACCAGCUAUUCUCACUUGCAGACAGAAAAGGCGAUACGUGCUUUUGGUCUCUCGGACAGCAAUGUAAACGGUCAUAUAGAUGUCACUACCAACCCCUGAGCAUACAAACGGCCGCUUAUGUAAUUCUGGCAUGUGUGGAGAGAGACAGAAUAGCAGAGACGGCUUGUGCCUUUUCGUGGUUGAGCGAGCAGAUGGACGGAUGCGGCGGAUAUCGAUCGACUCAAGAUACGGUAUUGGCAUUGUUUGCGCUUUCUCAAGCUGUACAAAAUAUUUAUUCUGAUGAUUCGAUCAACGUGGCUCUUCACGUUACAAUGAAGAAUCACAUAGACAAAACGUUUCAAGUCAACGAUGAUAACAAAGUGAUCACUCAAAGAGAGGAGAUUGCUAUAUUCCAUUCAACUCAUGUAAAAGCACGCAGUACUGGGAGUGGUCAUGUAUUGUUUCAGGCCGAUCUGACCUACAACAUUCCUACCGUUGAUCCAAGCGACUCGUUCGAACUAACCGUAUCUGUAGAAGCCAAAGCAUUUAACUUAGACGAGAUCACGUUUGACUUGAAUCGAUUCACACGAAACUCACAAGACAAAAUCGACGAACUACCGAAUCCUGACGAUCUCUUUUGGGAAGAAGAUCCGGAUAUAAACGAGAUAGACAAAGAAAUUGAAAAAGAGAUCGAACGGCAUUCGAGAGAAACAGAGGAGGAGAAUAGCGAGAGAGACACGCUAACACAGAACGUUGCAUUUGGAAACGAAAGGCAACAACAACAACAACCAACAGUUUUGAUCACGAAUGUCUGUUUUAAGUGGAAGAGACUAGAGGAAAAACCGGGAAUGGUCAUCGUUGAAGUGGGUCUGAUGUCGGGAUUCCAAGCAGACUCGAUAUUACUUCAACAAUUAUUUCCAAAGACAGAGAUCGGUCUGAUGCGAUAUGAAGUUAAACGUCGUGUCGUCACUUUCUAUUUUGAUGAAUUUCCUCAAGAAAAGCCGUUGUGUUUCAGUUUUGAGCAAAAACGAAGUCACUGCGUUGCAAAUCUUCGACCAGCGUAUGUCAGGGCGUAUUCGUACUACCAACCGGAAUUCAGUACAACUGUAAAGUACGAUCCUCCUGACAAAAUUUCCAGCAACAGUCUAGAAGAAUGUGAUGCAGAGAUUAUUAGUGGAGACGUAGUUGAAAUAUUCUCUUCUGGUGAAAUGUCCUCUUCUGGUGAAAUGUCAUCUUCUGGUGAAAUAUCCUCUUCUGGAUCAGGUGGAGGUCAAAAUUUUGGUUGGUUAGAAAUUUGAUGAACAUGAAACAACGACAAUAAAACAAUGAUUGUCAUGAAUGUUUUUGCUACUGAUGUGUGUCAUUAAUGUUACAGUCUUAUGUUUGACUAUUGCUCUGUAGUUUGUGAGAACAUGUAAUUGUUAGCAUGAUAAAACAGCCUUAA